CUCAACCACUCUCACUCUCUCUCACACUCUCACGUACCCUUUCUUGGCCUUUGAGGCUUUUAUCUGCUUCAGGUUUCGAUGAUUACAGCCCGACCAGAGCUCCGCGCUGCUCCGACCACCCGGUGAUCGACCUCGCUGCCCACUUCGACCGACCUUUGGCCACCGCCCAACUUCACACCGAUCUGCCCUGUCGUCCCGUGCUGGACACGCCAAGAUGAAUGGCGCUUCUGACAUUAAAAAGGCCGCCAUCAACAAGGCGAAGCAGGUUGCGCAAGCUGCCAAUGGGAACGGCCAGAAGAAGCGCAGAAAGGGCCAGGAUCUGAAACCCAUAAUCACAACCGAUGGCCAGAAAAGCUCUGAUAACAGUCCUGCUUCAAAUUACAGCUACAACCACAACGCAAACUCUCCUUCGUCACAACACAAACCUUCUUACACCUCACAAAUAAAUCGAUCACCUUCAUCCUCCUCGUCGUCGGCAGACGAGGCAGCCGAGAACACCGCCGAUGAAGAGGAUUCAGAAGAUUACUGCAAAGGCGGAUACCACCCCGUGCAGGUAGGAGAGCAAUACAAAGACGGUAAAUACACAAUCGUUCGAAAACUCGGUUGGGGUCAUUUCUCGACUGUAUGGUUGUCGCGGGACAACACCACCGGAAAACAUGUCGCACUGAAAGUAGUACGCUCUGCCACUCACUAUACGGAAACCGCAAUUGACGAGAUCAAAUUGCUGAAAAGAGUGGUCGAGGCCAACAAAGACCAUCCUGGUCGCGCACACGUUGUCAGUCUACUGGAUUCGUUCACACAUCGAGGACCUAACGGUAAUCAUGUAUGUAUGGUCUUUGAGGUGUUGGGAGAAAACCUCUUGGGUUUAAUCAAGAGAUGGAACCACCGCGGCAUCCCUAUGCCACUCGUAAAACAAAUCACAAAGCAAGUCCUUUUGGGCUUGGAUUAUCUCCACCGCGAAUGCGGAAUCAUUCACACCGAUCUCAAGCCCGAAAAUGUCCUCAUCGAGAUUGGCGACGUUGAGCAGAUUGUCAAGGCACACGUCACAGAACCCGGCAAAGACAAGGGCGAUAACAGGAACGGUCGAAGAAGAAGACGCACACUGAUUACAGGAUCACAACCCUUGCCGAGUCCACUCAAUGCUAGUUUCAGUCAAAGCGAUCUGAUGAACUUCCCCGGCUCUCUAAACAAAGUCAUGAAUGAAAACUCACCAGGCACAUCUUCUCCAGCCGCUGGUCUUUCCAUGGUAGAGAAACUUGGUAUCGGUGCAGAGGAGGCUCAGAAGCAGCGAGAAAAGACAGCGUUUGUGGAUCGAACUCUUCAGGUCUCUGAAACAGUGCUAACGCAUGAUAGCGACCUGCUCACCAAGGAAGUAUCGGGCAUCAGCCUCGACAAGAAUGCCAGCCCUCCAGGUCCUGCCGAGAAAGUCACAGACGAUCUCUCUUUCGAUACCAUAUCUGUUAAAAUUGCUGAUUUAGGCAAUGCGUGCUGGGUCGGCCAUCACUUCACCAACGAUAUUCAGACAAGGCAAUAUAGGUCGCCAGAAGUCAUUCUCGGCGCUAAAUGGGGCGCGAGUACAGAUGUCUGGAGCAUGGCUGCAAUGGUAUUCGAGCUGAUUACCGGCGACUACCUCUUCGACCCGCAAUCUGGCACCAAAUAUGGCAAAGACGACGAUCAUAUCGCCCAGAUCAUCGAGCUUCUCGGGACCUUUCCCAAAUCUCUCUGCAUGUCCGGCAAAUGGUCGCAGGAGAUCUUCAACCGCAAGGGCGAGCUACGCAACAUACACCGCCUACGACACUGGGCGCUGCCUGAUGUUCUCAGAGAAAAAUAUCACUUUUCUGCCGAGGACGCUAAGCGCAUUGGAGACUUUCUACUUCCGAUGUUGGAGUUGAUCCCUGCAGACCGCGCCAAUGCUGGCGGGAUGAGCAGUCAUGCGUUUACAGAGAACACGAAGGGUAUGGAUCAUGUCAAGUUGAACGUACCGGUUGGGAGCAAAGGCGAGGGUAUCGAUGGCUGGGCAACGGAGGUCAAGAAGACGACGCGGUAGGAAGCGGAGUACCAGUGAGAGGGAUAACGAGCAUGAUUUCGCGGAGAUUCUGAUCCAUUGUGGGAGCGGACAAUGGGAAACAUGCACAGCACCAUAGGUUUUUCUGGAUGGAUAUGAUAUGUGACCCGGAAAUGCUUGGACUGCUUUUGUUCUGCUGUCUGUCUGCCUGCCUGUCUGUCUGUCCGUCUAUUUGUCUGUCUUGUCUAUCUGUCAGUCUUCUUCUGCGACUUCACAGCGAAUGCGACGCCUUAUGCAUACCUCACGCUACGUUAUUCCCCCUUACCCUCCCCU